UCUGGCGGCCAGUUAUCCGGUCGUUCAGUUGAGCAAACAAAUUUGCUGAGGUAGAACGUCUUCCGAGCAUUUGAAGUAAACUAUCAACGAUGACGUCGAUCGGUGGAAGGUUGACUUUGAUUGUUUACGUCAUACUCUUCCUUCGUUGCUGUGUAGUUUCACCAGUUCCUCACGGAGAAGCACAGCCUGCUUCGAAACACAUAUUCAAACGUGCGACUGGAACUGCUGCUGCUGGUGGUGGUAGUAGUGAUUUACCCAAGAUUGAGAAUGAAGUAGCAGCUUUCAUCGAGAGCGGACGCAUGAACAAUGACUACGUUUGGAUCGACGUUACGACGAAGAAGUUCGUACCGGUUCCCGGGAACGACUUGGAAUUCGGGGACUGUUCGGAACCGAGUGAGCUGAUCUAUUUCGACAAUACGGUGAUCGAAAACUCGGGUCCGAGUACGCUAAACGGCACAUUGGAGAUUUACAUUGAUGCCCCAGUCAACAUCACCUGUGUUAGAGCGGUAGAUCAAAUUCAGGACGGUACCGGAGGCAUUCCGGCAUACAAUUCAAUGGGUACGAAUUGGGCUAAAAUUGAUGUCGCUGGGCAGUACGGGAAAGGAUUUCAUUUUCACAUCUACGUGUACGGUAUUCGAUCGAAGAAGAUUAAUUUGGAGAAGGACAAGGAUCGCAAGGACAGUCAGUCCAACUUGGUUUAGCUAGAUGAAAGUUUGAAAGAUCGACUGCUGUUAUGUAGCGGUGAGAAUACAACGCAUACCUAUAUUUGAUAGGGAACUAGACAGUUUCAACUGUAGUAUAUUACAUAAAAUAUCAAAUUACAUGAGAUUUCGGUGUUUCUCUAAUGCAUUCAAUGCGCUGAUACAAUGUA